ACAGACGAGCUUCCGCCCGCUGCUCGGAAGAAACAAACCUGCGCGUUUACUCCCGGAAGUGGACUUUACGGACGUUUGUAACCGCAUCGCUGCGGUGUUCCGCUGGAAGAGGCGCCCGUGUUAAUUGGUGACGUUCAGCCCGACGCGCCGUUGUUGUCGGAGAUCUCCUUUCUUCCCCCGAAGCCGCGCGCUCCUCUCCUGUAUGACGUCAUACGUACAGGUGUUCUCCUUCUGCGACCUUUAACCUUUCACCAGCGCUGACUUCCGGUAAGGUACCCCCCGGGUUAGGGUUAAGGUAAGGUACCCCCCCCCCCCCCCUGGCAGGUGAACAUGGCCGACAUCAAGAACUUCCUGUACGCCUGGUGUGGGAAGAAGAAGCUGACUCCCAGCUACGACAUCCGAGCUGCAGGCAACAAGAACCGGCAGAAGUUCAUGUGCGAGGCCCGCGUGGAGAGCUACAGCUACACCGGUAUGGGCAACUCGACCAACAAGAAGGACGCGCAGACCAACGCCGCCAGAGACUUCGUCAACUACCUGGUCCGGACCGGAGAGAUGAGCGCGGCGGAGGUCCCGGCUAUGGGGGUGAGCGCUCCUCCAGGUGGAGACCAACCUGAUGGAGGAGGAGCCGGAGGAGGCAGAGGAGGCGGGGUCUUUGGGAGCCUCCCCUCCAGCGGUCCUCUGCCUCCUCACCUGGUGCUGAAAACAGAACAAGAAGAGGGCAGUAGCUGCGGGCCGGUACCAGGAGUGACUGGACUUGGCUACUCAGGAGGAGGAAACUCUGGGUGGGGAGGAGGAGGAGGAGCAGAAUGGGGCGAAGGAGCCAACCUAAAGGAGUACUACGCCAAGAGAGACGAACAGGAAGCACAAGCGACUCUGGAGUCGGAGGAGGUGGACCUGAAUGCUGGUCUUCAUGGUAACUGGACGCUGGAGAACGCCAAGGCCCGUCUGAACCAGUUCUUCCAGAAGGAGAAAACCAGCGCCGAGUAUAAAUACAGCCAAGUGGGACCGGACCACAACAGGAGCUUCAUCGCUGAGAUGCAGCUGUUUGUGAGACAGCUGGGCCGAAAGAUCACGGCUCGAGAGCACGGCUCCAACAAGAAGCUGGCGGCCCAGUCGUGCGCCCUGUCUCUGGUGCGGCAGCUGUACCACCUGGGGGUCCUGGAGGCCUUCUCGGGGGUCACCAAGAAGAAGGAGGGAGAAACCCUGGAGGCGUUCGAGGUCAAAGUGUCUGCAGACCUGCAGCUGCAGCUGGCUAAUGUGGUCCAGGAGCUCGAAGUCCACGUCCCCCCACCUCCUGCAGACCCCUCCGACUCCGUGUCUCUGAUUCAGGGGAAGUUGGCGACGUUUGAGCCGUCCCAGCGUCAAAGUGGAGCCGGGGUGGUCCCCUGGUCGCCUCCGCAGGUCAACUGGAACCCCUGGACCAGCAGCAACAUCGACGAGGGACCGCUGGCCUUCUGCACUCCGGAGCAGAUCAGCAGCGAGCUGCAUGACGAGCUGAUGUUCCAGCUGGAACACGACGAGAACCUGCAGAAGAUCCUGUCUGAGCGAGAGCAGCUGCCCGUGAGACAGUUUAAGGAGGAGGUGCUGGCGGCCGUGCAGAGCAACGCGGUGGUGAUCAUCAGAGGAGCGACGGGCUGCGGCAAAACCACCCAGGUUCCUCAGUUCCUCCUGGACACCUUCAUCCAGACAGGAAGAGCCUCCGACUGCAACAUCGUGGUCACCCAGCCCCGGCGGAUCAGCGCCGUGUCGGUGGCCGAGCGGGUCGCCUACGAGAGAGGAGAGGAUGUCGGGAAGAGCUGCGGCUACAGCGUCCGGUUCGAGUCCGUCCUCCCUCGCCCGCACGCCAGCAUCCUGUUCUGCACCGUCGGUGUGUUGCUGCGGAAGCUUGAAGCAGGGAUCAGAGGGAUCAGUCACGUGAUCGUUGACGAGAUCCACGAGCGAGACAUCAACACGGACUUCCUGAUGGUGGUCCUCAGGGACGUGGUCCAGGCCUACCCUCAGGUCCGCAUCCUCCUCAUGUCGGCCACCAUCGACACCUCCAUGUUCAGGGAGUACUUCUUCAACGCCCCCAUCAUAGAGGUGUUCGGACGCACCUUCUCUGUUCAAGAGUAUUUCCUGGAAGAUUGUAUCCAGAUGACCAACUUCGUCCCUCCGCCGCUGGACCGCAAGAAGAAAGACAAAGACGAGGAGGGAGGAGAGGAGGAGACCAACUGCAACGUGGUCUGUGGGCCGGAGUACACGGCGGAGACCAAGCGCUCCAUGGCUCAGGUCAACGAGAAGGAGACGUCCUUCGAGCUGGUGGAGGCGCUCCUGAAGUACGUGGAGACGCUGCAGGUGUGCGGAGCCGUGCUCGUGUUCCUGCCCGGCUGGAACCUCAUCUACUCCAUGCAGAGACACCUGGAGACCAACCCUCACUUUGGAAGUAGCCGGUACCGGAUCAUGCCGCUCCACUCUCAGAUCCCCCGUGAGGAGCAGAGGAGGGUCUUCGAACCGGUUCCUGACCACAUCCGGAAGGUGAUUCUGUCCACCAACAUCGCGGAGACCAGUAUCACCAUCAACGAUGUGGUCUACGUCAUCGACUCCUGCAAGCAGAAGGUGAAGCUCUUCACGUCCCACAACAACAUGACUAACUACGCCACCGUCUGGGCCUCCAAGACCAACCUGGAGCAGAGGAAAGGCCGAGCCGGCCGAGUGAGAGCCGGCUUCUGUUUCCACCUCUGCAGCCGGGCUCGCUUUGAGAGGCUGGAGACCCACAUGACUCCUGAGAUCUUCAGGACUCCCCUCCAUGAAGUGGCUCUGAGCAUCAAGCUGCUGAGACUCGGAGCCAUCGGUCACUUCCUGUCUAAAGCCAUCGAACCACCGCCGCUGGACGCCGUGAUCGAGGCCGAGCACACUCUGAGAGAGCUGGACGCUCUGGACAGCAAUGAUGAGCUCACUCCUCUGGGUCGGGUUCUGGCUCGGCUCCCCAUCGAGCCUCGUCUGGGGAAGAUGAUGAUCAUGGGCUGCAUCUUCCAUGUUGGAGACGCCAUGUGCACCAUCUCCUCCGCCUCCUGCUUCCCGGAGCCCUUCGUCAGCGAGGGCAAGCGGCUCGGUUUCGUACACCGGAACUUCUCCGGCAGCCGCUUCUCCGACCACGUGGCCCUGCUGUCCGUCUUCCAGGCCUGGGACGACGUCAGGAUCAACGGCGAGGACGCGGAGAUCCGCUUCUGUGACCACAAGCGCCUCAACAUGUCCACCCUGAGGAUGACCUGGGAGGCCAAAGUCCAGCUCAAGGAGAUCCUGGUCAACUCCGGAUUCCCCGAAGAGUGUCUGGUUACCCAGACCUUCGACGCGGUGGGCCCGGACAACAACCUGGACCUGGUGGUGUCCCUGCUGACCUUCGGCUCCUACCCCAACGUCUGUGUCCACAAGGAGAAGAGGAAGAUCCUGACCACCGAGGGGCGCAACGCGCUCAUCCACAAGUCCUCCGUCAACUGCCCCUUCAGCAGCCACGACAUGACGUACCCCUCCCCCUUCUUCGUCUUCAGCGAGAAGAUCAGAACCCGAGCCGUCUCGGCCAAAGGGAUGACGCUCGUCAGUCCGCUGCAGCUGCUGCUGUUCGCCUGCAAGAAGAUCAGCUCCAACGGGGACGUGGUGGAGCUGGACGACUGGAUCAAACUGAGGAUUCCUCACGAAGUGGCAGGCGGCAUCGCUGCCCUGCGCGCCGGACUGGAGGCUCUGGUGGUACAGGUCACCAAAGACCCAGAAUACAUCAGACAGAUGGACCAGAAGAACCAGCGACUGCUGAACCUCAUCAGACUCACAUCCAGACCUUCAGCUGCUGGACUCAACAUGAUGGCCAGCAGCCAGAGGAUGGGAGACGGUCCUCGACCUCCAAAGAUGGCACGCUUUGACGGAGGAGGCUAUAGAGGAGGAGGAGGGGGAGGCGGCUACAGGGGAGGGGGAGGAGGCGGCUACAGAGGAGGAGGAUAUGGAGGAGGGGGAGGCAGCUACAGAGGAGGAGGAGGAGGAGGAGGAGGAGGGUACAGGGGAGGAGGGGGAUAUGGAGGAGGAGGGUACAGGGGAGGAGGGGGAUAUGGAGGAGGAGGGUACAGGGGAGGAGGGGGAUAUGGAGGAGGAGGGUACAGGGGAGGAGGGGGAGGAGGUUAUUAACAUGCAGGAGGAGGUGAUAGAAGAGGAGCAGCAGGAGUUCUUAAGCGGUUCGUCACUGAGCUCCAGAAACGAUGAAAAGAAUCAAUCUGAUUUCUUUUAGUUUAGUGGCAGCACAGAUGUUGUUGUUGUUGUUGUUGUUGUUGUUGUUGUUGUUAAACAGCUUGUGAUCAUGUCACUGAGCAUGAUGAUGAAACAUGUAAGAAACAUUUUUUUGUUCCCAAUAAACUCUUCAGUUCACAAACUGAAUUAUUAUUUUA